UUCAUCACUCUCCAUAAUUGCAGAGAUCAAUCACCAGGGAAAACUGGACUGAAGCAAGGCUCUGAAAUCAAAGUACUGCUGAUCUGAUCUACAACCAUGGUUUCAAAACAAAUCAUUGCGCUUGUAUUACUGCUUACCCUGACCUUGGCCUAUGGAAAGGGAUACGACACACGUCGAUGGAAAAAAAACCGGGGUGAUGAUGACUCAGUGGGAAAUGACUCGGGUGGAAACGACUCAGGUGCAAACGACUCAGGUGCAGAUGAUUCAAACAGCAAAGAAGGUGGAAUAAAGCGUGGGCCACGAGGGCCGCGUGGUCACCCAGGAUCACCGGGUCCUGCUGGUAGGCCAGGGAUUGGAUUGCCUGGAGCCCCGGGUAAACCUGGAACACGAGGACCAGAGGGACAAUCAUUUGCAGGGAGACCAGGCAUUCCAGGAGGCCCGGGAAAACCAGGUGCAAGAGGAUUCCCUGGAGAAAAAGGCAACAGUGGAUCACCUGGGAAAGAAGGAGAAAGAGGCAGUGCAGGACACAGCGGACCUCCUGGACCUGCUGGAUUAUCAAUUCCAGGUAAAUCAGGUCCCCAAGGAGCAACCGGUCGUGCCGGUUCACCUGGAUCACCUGGAGAGAAAGGAAAGUCAGGGAGUCCAGGCCAACCAGGGCAAAGGGGAGAAAGGGGAUCAGGAGCCCCUGGACGUCCAGGAGAUAAAGGCGCCACAGGAGCAAGAGGACUUCCAGGUACACCUGGUUCAAAUGGAAUUGGAAGUCCUGGGCGUUCUGGUUCUCCUGGUAAACCAGGUUCAAAGGGUGAGAAGGGUGCAACAGGUUCACAUGGAAUACCAGGUGCACAAGGUCAAAAAGGACCGCCAGGAGCAGCUGGACAACCCGGAUAUGGAAAGACUGGAGCAAAUGGAAAACCAGGGUCAACAGGAGCCCCAGGAGCAAAGGGUUCACAAGGUCAUCAAGGUUUGUCAGGAGCACCUGGACUGCCGGGCAUAGGAAAAACUGGAAGUCAAGGUCCAAAAGGAGAGCGUGGUUCUGCAGGGACAAAUGGCUACCCUGGAAGUUCUGGGAAAAAAGGAGAAGGUGGACAACCUGGAGCUCAAGGACCUGAAGGACGAGCUGGUUCACCAGGUCAGCAAGGUUCAAGAGGGUUACCAGGUUCCACUGGAGCACCAGGAUCAAGAGGUCAGGCAGGACCAACAGGUCCACAAGGGUAUCAAGGCUUAAAAGGGCAGCCAGGAUCAACUGGUUCACCAGGAACACCAGGAUCUUCAGGUCAACCAGGUCGCCCAGGUGCUCAGGGCGAACAAGGUCCAGCUGGUAGAAAAGGUGACACUGGAAAUGCUGGAUCACCUGGUAAAUCAGGCAAGUCAGGUGCUACAGGACCUGCUGGGCCACCUGGAUAUCCAGGUAAAGAUGGAAUGAGAGGGUCUUCUGGAGCAUCUGGUUCUCGAGGUUCACCUGGAUCUCAAGGAUCUCGUGGAUACCCUGGAGAAAAGGGAGAUGCUGGUCCUCCUGGUCCACCUGGGAAUCGAGGAGAGUAUUAUGGAAAAAUAUCAGCCGGCAAACCUGGUUCAACUGGACAACAAGGACCACCAGGUCCUCAAGGGCGUCCUGGUCCACCAGGCCCUCCAGGAAGAAUGAUUGUACAAUCACAAAAACGUGAUGAUGAUGAUGACGACUCCAGCAUGUCAGAGGAAGCUAGUUCUAUUCCAGCAUUUACAGCCACACUUUCUCAUUCAUACUCAUCAACAGGAAAACCAGUAAAAUUUGACAGAAUAUUAAUUAAUUCUAAUGAUAAUUAUGAUCCAUCAACUGGAAUAUUUACAUGUGAUGUAUCUGGAAUCUAUCAAUUUUCUUAUCAUAUACAAGUCAAAGGAGCAAAUGUUUGGGUUGGAUUAUACAAAAAUGAUCGACCUGUAAUUUACACAUAUGAUGACCAUCAAAAAGGUUAUAUUGAUCAGGCUUCAGGAAGCGCUAUAUUAUAUUUACACAAAGGUGAUCAAGUUUACAUUCAAUUACCUUCAAAAGAAUCCAAUGGGUUGUAUUCAUCAGAUGAUAAAACGUCUUCCUUUUCAGGGUUUCUAAUUGCUCAUUCAUGAUGCACAUUAACGGAAAUGGGUGAUGUAAAUGAAUCUAUUAUGACUGUUCAUUGAUCAGGACGACUGAAUCCUGAUUAGAGAUCAAAUUCAAAUGUAGCACAGCGUGAAAGGUCAUAGAAACAGUAUGUUCUUGCAUGGAGUAAGUUUGUCCUGUUGUUAUUUUUCCUGUUAAUAAAACAUUUCUUAAAACAAAA